AUGUCCGUGAAGCAGUCGCAUCCGGUCGAGAUGGGACCGAUCGAACCGCACCAGCGGCUCCAGAAGCUCAUCGCCGACAGCCAGCGAGUUUCGAUCGAUCCGACCAUGCCCAUCAACCGAUACUAUCGCUCCGGUAAUCAGAUCGUCGAAACCGCGGACCGUUCCCUGCGCGACGGCAAUCUUGAGAAAGCGUUCACCUUCUAUCUCCGGUUCGUGACGAUUUUUGUCGAGCUGAUACUGGACCAUCCCGGCUACAAAUCGGUACCGCCCGCGGACAAGCAGCAGACGAAGGAAAAGAUCAAGAAGAUACUGCCGCGGGCGGAAGAGAUACGCAAAAAGCUGCUGGAAAGGUACACGGCCGAGUACAAGCUGUACCUGCAGCAGCUGAAACAACAGGCGAAACAGGAGGAGAAGGAGGACGAAGCGCGGAAGCUGGCGGUGGCGGCGGCUACAGCGGCUGCGGCAGCAACUGCAGCCGCAUCCAAGGCAGCGGAACAGAAACCGACCACCUCCGGCAUUGGGCCGUACGCACCGAGCGCACCGAGCCACGUGGCAGUCAUCAGCGACAGUGAUGCGAAGCUCAUCGACCAGGUGCUCUAUCCGAGCGAAUUUCUUACGGACCGUAGCCAAGCUACCGGCUUGCCCGGGACGGGUUUGCUGCUGGCCGGUACCGAGAACAGGCGGUUCGAUCGUUCGUUAAAGCCGGUACUGCCCCCCGCACCGGUACCGACGGUUGGCUUCCGGUCGAUUAUCGUACCGACCGAUACGAUGGCCAAGUUUCUCGAGCUGGCCGCCGCCAACACGGCGGCCAAUCUGGAAACGUGCGCAAUUCUGGCGGGCAGCCUAGCGCAGACCAGAUUCACCAUUACACAUGUGAUAUUUCCAAAGCAGUGCGGCACAUCGGACAGCUGCAAUACGAUGAACGAGGAGGAGAUUGCGGUCAUACAGGACCGGCACAAUCUCAUCACUCUCGGGUGGAUACAUACACACCCCUCCCAGACGGCAUUUCUUUCGUCCGUCGAUUUACACACACACUGCUCGUAUCAGCUAAUGCUGGAGGAAGCGAUCGCGAUCGUCUGCUCGCCAAAGUAUCGAGAAACUGGCUUUUUUAAUCUCACACCGUACGGGAUGGAUUCGAUAUCUCAAUGCCGACAAACGGGUUUUCAUCCGCAUCCUGCCGGUCAACCCUUAUUCACGGAAGUGCAACACAUCAUACUAAGCGAUGCAGUUGGAGCUAGGGUGAUUGACCUGCGAUAAAUAAGUGUACUUAUU